UUUCGUUCGUGCAACCUCAGUCCAGUAGUACGGAGAGGGUUCGCGUUUCCAGUUUUGCCUGCGGUCAGUGGAAGAUUUCACAUCACACAUCCAUCAACACCAUCAUCGCCACAUACCUACUCCAUGUUGUUGGUCCUGUCACCGUCGCAUAAAGAAGCAAGCAAAAAUCGAUAGCCAACCUUGAAAGUAAAACCUGCGGAAUUUGACAGAGAAGAAAAUUUUCCACCAUUUCGAGAGCGAAAUCGCCCACUUCCGGAUCCUGCGGUGUGCCGUGUUCGAACAUUCGAUAGCAAAACGUGAUCUGUGCAAAAUAAAUUGUGACCUGGUGCAAGUGCUCGCGCAAGAUGUGUGAAUCGCCAUUAGACUCGGAAAUUUCUGCUUACGAAAUUCAUAGCAAAAAGACUGCGUUUACGUCAUGCUUCAACGCCCUUAUCAGUCGCUGAAUGGCUGCUGAAAAGUGUCCAAUUCCGAACAAGAAGUGCUCGUCGUCAACCUGCGAACCACCCGGACGUGGAGUUGGAGUCGUGUUCUCUUGCCUUCGCUCUUUUGUAUAUAAUAAUGUAUAUAUCCAAGCUUGAAGUAUCCUUUCUUUGAAACGCUCAUUCAUAAAAAAAAUAACGAGCCGCACAGCACACAACGCACCGUUUUGUUGGAAAUUACCUAAUAAUAGUAGUAAUAGUAAGUACACACGGACGACGGUUUUGAGUCCAGUGCCUGGACAGUCAGUCGGAGCCCACAGGAAAGCGUUCUCGUAAUCUCGAUCAAGCUAGCGCAAACCUGCAGGUUCAAGUUGGAACCCAAAGUUCAGUACAACUGCGCAGAAAAGGAUCCCGCAGAUAACCGAGACGGCAUAGCGCUACACGAUAAGGACCGCAAAUCGGACGAGAUGGCAGCUGCCCUAAAAAAUCACAAGGGACCCGGUGGUGGCGGAGGGAAGGCCAACUGGUUGGCCCACGUUAAGUACGAGCAUUUGGUGGCUGGAAUAUCCGGUGGCGUGACAUCGACCCUGUUGCUGCAUCCGCUGGACCUGAUCAAGAUUCGUUUCGCAGUUAACGAUGGCCGAACAGCUGCAGUGCCACAGUAUCGUGGUCUUACCGGUGCAUUCCUCACAAUUUUUCGCCAGGAAGGAUUCAAGGGUCUUUACAAAGGUGUCACUCCUAACAUCUGGGGAUCGGGUAGCGCGUGGGGAUUUUAUUUCCUAUUCUACAAUAGCAUCAAAACAUGGAUCCAGGAUGGUAAUAGCGCUCAGCCGCUGGGACCAUCGCUUCACAUGCUAGCGGCAGCCGAAGCCGGUGUCAUGACCCUAGUAAUGACUAACCCAAUCUGGGUGGUGAAGACUAGGCUCUGUUUGCAGUACUCCGAACCGGGUCAGACGCCGAAUAACAUGUACGCUGGAAUGGUCGACGGGCUGAAAAAAAUCUACCGCACCGAGGGCAUCCGGGGAUUGUACAGUGGUUUCGUCCCCGGUAUGCUUGGAGUAUCGCACGGUGCGCUUCAAUUCAUGACCUACGAAGAGAUGAAGACCAAGUACAAUGAACAUCGUAUGCGGCCCAUCGAUGCCAAAUUGACUACCGUAGAGUAUUUGACGUUCGCCGCCGUUUCAAAGUUGAUUGCCGCAGCCGCAACCUAUCCUUACCAGGUGGUUCGAGCCCGUCUACAGGAUCACAACCAUCGGUACAAGGGUACCUGGGACUGCAUCAAGUUGACAUGGAGAUAUGAGUCCUGGCGUGGCUUCUAUAAAGGGCUCGGUCCAAACUUAUUGCGUGUGAUGCCGGCCACUAUGAUUACGUUUGUCACGUACGAAAACGUUUCACACUAUUUGUUAGCCCGCCGCAAAUAGAUCGUCAAAGGUUCCUUCGAAAGCAAGACCGCGGGGAAAAAUGGGAGACGUGCACCAGUAGUUUCGUUCCCUAUGCUGGUGGGUCGAUACAGUAUGGUUCUCCCAAGGCGUCGCCCAGGGCAUGCUUCUGACACCAAAAAUAUUAUGAUUACAUAUUAGAAUUACUUAGGGAUGCCAUAGAACUUUCCUUGAUGUUUCCAUUGUUUGGCAAUGGAUGCAGCAAUAGUGACAAUAUAUAAGAUAUAUAAUUUACCUUCAGUUUAGCAGUACAUCACUUGGUUUGCGAUCAUCGGUAUAGUUGCCAGGAAAUUAACAAAUGUAUGUUUCUUUUUCUAGUACAAACUAGCUUUUCUAAAACGACUAA